UAUACUUUAUGUGAUUCCUAUUUGAAACUGUGCCAGGUUACCCGGGAAUUUAGGAAUGGCUUUUUUUUUAGUUUUACUUUCGACAUGUUCGAUAUGAAUAUCCGUGACGACAGGAAUCCAGGGAAGAAUAUUAUUAUGUAGAUGAGGCAAUUAAGUGAUAGAAUGAAAAAAAAUCUAUAAAUCGGGUUUUCAAAAUAUUUUGAAUCACUUUAGGAGAGCAGUCCGAGAGUGCAGGUGUUCCUUUAGGCAGUUCAAAAAAGAUUGUUAUAUUUUUCAAAAUGGCCACCACGGAAGUAAACAUAAACGAAAUUAAAUUGCCCGUUAUCGGGAAUGGAUACCCGGUUGAUUCUGGCAACCCUCCACAAAAGAAUUACGUCACAACCGGAGUCCCGCCUCCUUACCAAUCAGUUGCCGAUAAUACCGCACAGCCAGUGGAUCACACUGUUCCACAUAACCAGGGAAUGGUCAGACAGGCUCCCUCGCAGCAACCUAUUCCAGAUUAUACUGCUUUUGCUGUCAUGGUCACAAUCUUGUUCUGCGUACCAUUGGGCAUGAUGGGGAUCGUCAAAGCAACUGAGGCGAGAAACAAGCGCAACCAAGGAGACGAUGAGGGCGCCAGAGAGGCUGCUCAGAAUGCAUUCAGAUGGUCCUUGAGCGGUCUCAUUGUAGGAUCUAUUGUUCUGGUGAUUGUCAUAAUCUUUUAUGUAGUUCUCCAGUCCCGAUAUUGACUUUUCAUAUUAAGAUGGCCUCAUCUGUUAUGUUCAAGGACGCAGCUUUCUCAUAUAUCUCUAUUUGUCUACCGACCGAUCGGUAGACAAAUUCGAAUCAAGAAGAUCUAAGAAGUUUGAGGUACUUAAACAGGACUAACUACUAGCUUAGAUGUCAUUGGUAUGAUGAUAAUAAUAAUAAGGCAUUUAGGAACGCUAUACAUAGUACACUAUAUCAUAGCGUUUACACUGUAGAUCAAUUUAAAACACUUAAAAGCUACAUCUAUCUUGGAUACAAGCACGUUUUCAAUUGUUUCUUAAAUCUAUGAAGAGAAGUUUCAGAUCUUAUUGAAUAGUAUAGCCUAUUGAUAAUAUAGCCAUGGUUGCAUUACGGCGACUCAUUCUCAGAAAGAGCAAGCAUGAUGAACGGUUGUCCGUUUUCAAACUUCCGUAUCACAACUUUUAAUAAAAUUAAAUAAAAUUAUUGAAAGUUAAUAGCUUGCUCCUGUUUUUUAAGAGUAAUUGGUCAUAAUUGAUUGACCAAAAUUCGCAUUAAUUUUCCAAUUACUUUCUGUUUAAAAGGCCAAGGAAUAUAUUGUUCAUG